GUUGAGGAAAAAAAUUAAGAUCUAACAUAACUGAGAUGAAUAAUUAGGGAGGGGGCAGUUGCAAGUUGUUUAAAAAUUGAAACCAACUCGUAUCACGAUUGUGUCAUCUCUAGAUUUCGCCUCACGCGUACCUUGUUCAAUUUUGAAGAAUGAAGACUUUCAAAUGAAUUGUACGACAAAAUGUUAUGUCAUAUUCAUAUAAGUAAAUAACAGGGACUUGUAAGGUUAUAAACGUCAAGAAAGUCCCUUAUAAAUAGUCGAGAUUGUCGAUUAAUGCACAUAAAAGAAGAGUGUGAGAUAGACUCUAGAGUUGUCGUUGAGUAAUGCAGCUCAAAAGGUCAUCAUCUUCUUCCCACUCCACGAAUCUCAAAACCCUAUUCAUAAAUCUCAUCACACACUCUCUUUACCGUCUUUUACGGUCUCUCUCAAGAGCCAGAUCCGUUCUGAUAGAGAUUUCGAAACACAACAAGAAGAGGUUAUUCAUGAUGAUGUUUUACACGACAAAGUCAUCCAUGAACCAACACAACAUCUUCUUUGGAUCCUCCCAUGUCGUUGUUCCCGUCACUAAACCUUUCCCUUUCUCCCUUGAUGGUCAUGUUGAAGAUGAGGAUAAUCUUGAGUCUCAAUACCUCCAGUGGCUCGAAGAGAGAGUUGAUGAGAAUAAUAACAUUAAUGAUGAUCAGAGUGUUGGGGAGAGAGAUGUUGGUGAUGAUGAUAUUGAUCGUCUGGCAGAUAAAUUCAUCGCGAGGUGUCAUGAGAAGUUCUUGCUGGAGAAGGUUGAAUCUUACAGGAGAUUCCAAGAUAUGUUGGCGAGGAGUUUGUGAGAACCGAGAAUCAGAGCCACGACAAAAAGUUUAUUUUAUUUUGUUUUUAAGUCAAUUAUAUUCUUGUUUGAUGGAAAUCUUAAUUAAUAAAAUGAGAGAGACUGAAGCCUAUACACAAAUUAUAGAGUAUAGUCGUUUGGAUAUUGUAAAAAUUAAGACUCAUUACAUUUUGAUUUAGUUGGAAUCUGGAAAACCUAAGAAACAAAAUUGAAAGUG